CCUGCCGUCAGCCGUCAUGCGCUCGUAAAGGCGGGCAUGGAUUGAGCCAAACGGGGGGUAUGGCGUCUCCGUGGAGCCCCGUGCUCGUCUUGGCGUCGGCCGUCUUCCUCUCCUGCUCCACAUCUGGCCACACCGACCGAAGCUUUGGUUGCCUGUUUGAAGACGACCUGUGCCGAGCUCAUGAGUUCUGCGUCAACGAUGGAGUUUUCGGGAGGUGUCAGGAGCUGGCCGCAGCUGACCUGAGAACCUACGACGUGACUUCCUCCGGCUUGCUGCGCCUCAGGACGCUCUUGAAGGAACUGGACCAGAGAGGUCUGACGUGGCAGGAUGACUUCACCCAGCAGGUCAUUUCCCGAGAGCUCUCCAAGCUCAGGAGCAGCCCCCUCGGCCACCAGGAGGCAGUGGAGGCGCCCUUCAGGUCCUUUAGCAGGACCGAGGGCAGCGACAGGAAGCCUGGGCUGGCGGAGAUGAGCAAGAACCUUCAACGCUUCCUGAAAGCGCUGCACUUCCUGCCACAGCUCCAGCCAGGAGUGCAACAAGAGGCAGCCAGCAUGCAGAAUGAAGGUACCACCGACGAUGUUCCUCCGGGUCGUGGUCCCCCAAAGUCGGGCUGGAAGGAGACCAGCGUCUACAGCCUCAAGAACGGAGCGGGCCGACCCCCCGUCACCAAAGUCUUCUCUCAGAGCGGCGAGGGCAGGCACCCCAAGUUUAACACCCCAUACAAGCCCCUCUCCAACCACCUGGAUCAGCUCGUUGGGGGAGGUGCACCGUCAGAGUCCAAAGGGAAGCUCCGCUACCUCGGCUACAUACGUCCGCCUCCAGAUGAGGUCCGGGUGGAUUUUGGGUCGAAAGGCCGGAAAAUCAACCUGGAUAGACUUUUGUUCAGGAGUGAGUCCGACCAAAUGACUCCCAAGAAGCCCCCUAAUAUCAUGAAGGAUGAAUUAUUCCAGAGUAUGGUGAACAAUUUGGGAGGCCACAGUUUAAAAAUAGACCCUUGGAUGGACAAGGACCUGGAUCAGUUGGCCGACGUCUUCACCGGAGCUCUGCAGGAAGCCGAGGUGGGGCAGUCGGAUCCGGGGACCCAGCCGGGACCAGGAACUGCUGAGUCCGGCCUGAUCACGAAGGGAGACGGGAAGCUAAUGACUGACAUGGAAACAAACCAAGUGUUAAGUGUGAAACCGGACAAAGUCCUGGAUGUGAAACAGAAGGGGCCUUCGAGAUUCAUACAAGGCCAACACGUUGAUGGCGCAGCUGACAAGAAGCCUGUUGACAAGCACACAGCCAUUUUCUCCAAGCUCCUCGACUACCUUGACACGUUGGGCGACUCCUCGAAAGUCCAACCCGCUCCUGGUGCAAAAGCAGUGGGCCUGGAGAGCAUCCAUAGUCAUACUACGCAGUCCCAGGGAGCGUCUGCGCCCGGUGGGGAGGGUUCCACCGCGCGCUUGAUGGCUGGCGCGGCGAGGCCUGAUGCCCAAAAGGCCAACUCCGAGAUGGGGAAGUGGAUGCAAAAGGCCGCUGGGAAGGACGUGAAGGUGAAAACUCAGCUGGUCCACAUCGGGUUGAAGGAGUUCUCCAGCAGAGGGAAGGACCGACAUUUUGGAUACAUCAUAACUGGCUCAGACUCCCUCACCUCUGACAAGGCGAUGGACUUGAUGGAACGACUCACCCAGGAGCUGAACCUCCACGCCGCGGACCUCACACAGCUCUCCGUACUGGGCCCAGCGUUGACUUUCCGAGUCGGCCCCAACCCCGCCAAUGUCACCACGGCGGAUCUGGUCCAAGUUGCAGUUCGAGCAAAGCAGCAGCUGGAGAAGGAGACAGGCCUGAAGAUAGUGGAGGCUGGAGUCAGUGACAGGGGCAGCCUGAGCCACAUCCCCGUGGUGAAGGAGACCCGGGUGGCGUCGGGCCAGCUGCUGGUUCUCUCGGCGCUGUGCGUCCUCUUCAUCCUGGCGGCGCUGACGGUGUCGGCCACCUUCAUCUGCGUGCGCCAGCGCUCCCACCUGCGCAUGAAAGAGAAACUCUCCAGCUUGGGCACUGACACCGGCAGCGAUGCCACCGCAACCUAUCAGGAGCUGUGUCGCCAGCGGAUGGCCAUCCGGGCGUCGGAGCGCGCAGAGCGUCCAGAGACUCUCCGCAACUCGCGGCUCAACAGCGUGUCGUCCCAGUUCAGCGACGGUCCCGGGGCCGGAAGCCCGUCCACGCGCAGCAGCACCUCGUCCUGGUGCGAGGAACCCGUGCCGUCCAACAUGGACAUCUCCACCGGGCACAUGAUACUGUCCUACAUGGAGGACCACUUGAAGAACAAGAACCGUCUGGAGCGCGAGUGGGAGGCCCUUUGCUCGUACCAGGCAGAACCCGGCACCUGCAGCGUGGCGCAGAGCGAGCAGAGCACCAGGAAGAACCGCUCAGAUGCCGUCCUAGCAUAUGAUCAUUCGAGGAUCACCUUGAAAGCGGAGAAUAAUCACAGCGGCUCUGAUUACAUCAAUGCCAGCCCGAUCAUGGACCACGACCCCCGCAACCCCACUUACAUCGCCUCGCAGGGCCCGCUGCCCUCCACCGUGGCCGACUUCUGGCAGAUGGUGUGGGAGAGCGGCUGCGUGGUGGUCGUCAUGCUCACGCCCGUCUCGGAGAACGGCGUCAAGCAGUGUCACCGCUACUGGCCCGACGAGGGAUCUGACGUCUACCACUUCUACGAGGUGAACCUGGUGUCCGAGCACAUCUGGUGCGAGGACUUCCUGGUCCGGAGCUUCUACCUGAAGAACCUGCACACCAACGAGACGCGCACCGUCACGCAGUUCCACUUCCUCUCCUGGAUGGACCGCGGCGUCCCCAACACGGCGCGGACCCUCUUGGACUUCCGCAGAAAAGUUAACAAGUGCUACCGGGGUCGAGCUUGCCCGAUUAUUGUUCACUGCAGCGAUGGCGCCGGCAGGAGCGGGACCUACAUUCUGAUUGACAUGGUCCUCAACAGGAUGGCAAAAGGUGCUAAAGAGAUUGAUAUUGCCGCUACCCUGGAGCACUUGAGAGACCAGAGAGACGGCAUGGUCCACACAAAGGAGCAGUUUGAGUUUGCGCUGACGGCCGUGGCCGAGGAGGUGAACGCCAUCCUCAAAGCGAUGCCUCAGUGAAGGCGAGCGCCUCCUCUUCAUCUGCAUCUUCACCCCCCCCCCUCCUCCUGCUCCUCCCCCUCUUCUUUUUCUUCUUCUUCUUCUUCUUCUUCUUCUUCUUCUUCUUCUUCUUCGUCUUCUCUAUAUAUACGCGGCGCUAUUCUGUUCGGUUCCGCGAUCGCAGCUAGAAGCGCAGCGGCCAAACGUUGCGUUCAGGUACCACCGCUUGCUCCGGGAUGUUGGCGCUUCGGUCGGCUCUGAAGUGACGAGUCAAAUGAAAAGCAUAUUUUGCAUAGGAUUUUGCAUAUUAUUUUUAUUUCUCAUUUAAGAAAUAUUUUAUUCGGAUAAAGAAGAGGGGGUUUUUUUUCUUGAAAAUUAAGUUAUAUUACUGUGAGAGGAAUUUACAAGUUUGCAAAAAUAAAAUGGGAGAAUUUUUUUUUCUUUCAAUCGUAAAGUUUCAUUAUUUAUUUUUCUCUUUAUUAUUUCAUGAGACUUUUCCCACAAAAAAUAUAAUUUUACAAGACGGUCAACCUAUGAUUUUUUUUCUCAAGAAUUGUUUUUUACAAUAAUUAAGUCAUGAUAUGAACAAUAAACAAUACAUUACAAUAAAAUUUAAUAUUGCAAGAAUUACAUCAUCAUGUUAUGGUUGUAAUAACUCCGUCGUUGUGGUUUUUUCGUCGGUGGCAAAGCGGUAUCUGAACGCACCGUCGUCGUGCCGCUGACCAGCUGUGAUGUCACUUUGAGUGAAAAAUUCAUUAUACAGUUGUAAAAAAAAAAGUAUAUAAAUGACUCUAUGUACAGUUGACUUCGUGGAUUAUAAUAUUGUACAAAUGAUGUAAACGACUAUGACAACGUCACUUUGUGGUAUUUUCAAAAAGUGAAAGUCAUAAUCAUGAGAACGAUGUACAAAUACAAGAAGGGAAGGAGGCGAAUAUUACGAGAGUACACCCGAGUUAGAAGAUUAUGAAAAUUGGUGCGGGGUUACGGAUAUGUGGACAAGAUGGGAGAAUGAUAGUUGCUAGGCAACACAUUUUGCGACAAUAAGGCAACAUGGCAACAUUUUUACAAGAAUGUUAUAAUGUCACAAGAGGAAAAUUGUGUCAUUUCACUGGAAUAAACACUCAAAACUGUGAGGAAAAAUAACACUGGAAUAAAUGCAGAAAUUUGCAAGAAAUUCUCAUCAUUUUAGAAGAUUAGUCGUAAUUCCACAAACCAUCGCCGACUGUUUCGUGACAUUGACCGCGCUAACUCUUCAACGUUGCUUUUGCCCAACCGCGAUUCAUCUUCGGAGUACGACCCUCACGCUGGCGUCCGCCGCCGAUCACGAUAAGUAAUAACUAGAAGUAGCGUCUUGUCCUCUUAACUCUCGCAUCUAUUUAACGAGAACGUGUGCUAGCAUCGUGCUUGUUGUGUUCGCGGAAACGCGGCGAUACUCUACGUCGGCACUCUACGAGAGCGACUCCAUGGCGACAGUGCUGUUGAUUUUGUGUCCACGCCGA